CAGCUUCUUGGGCAAAUCCACCUGUUUUAUCAAAGGGAUUAAACCGUGAUGAUGAAUCAGCGUACGCGGCAUUUUGUGGACUCUUUGGUGGCGGCGCUAAAGCUGGUACUGGUCCAACUUCAGGCUGAGUGGAUGAGAAUCGUCAGAGUCGGCCAACGUCAUGGCAUAGUCUUGGGGGUGGUUCGAAUAAAAAGAAGGUGGCGCUGAACGAACGUGCCAGCUCGAAAUUCGAAGGCAGGCGUCGAUCUCGUUGGUAAGACGCCGUUGGCGUCGCGAACGGACGACGGCGGCGCUGCCGCCGUCACCACCACCAUAGUCAUCGUUAUCAGCCAACAGCACCACCAGAGAGGCUGGAUACUAUCAGACCUAGAGCAGUGUCGGCACCGCUGCGCCUGCUUUACGUGGUUAUCGCGCACAAUUUCGCGCACGAUGUCGACGUACUCGAAGGACUUCGCGUAAGGGUAGAACGCGGAAGAAGAUAAUUUCCGCUUGCGAGUACGUGUCUCGGUGAAAAAGGAGUGACGAUCCUAUGCUAAAAGUGUUUCAUCAAAUUAAAAGAUUUCAUUUAGACAGAGAAAAGUGCCAACGAAGGAAGAGAACAAAUAUUUUCCAGGAUCAUCAAAAGGAUUCUGGAAGAGAAUCCUUCUUCUUUUUCUUGAAAAAAAAAACAAUUCGUGCGAAACGAACAAAGAAAAAUUUUUAACACAGAGUUCUUAUCGAACAAAUCUUUAAAGACGAGAAACGUCUUAUAUUUGGAUGUGCAAUGAGUUUGAAAUACAUCUUAUCAAUGUAAUUUCCUCGCUUGCUUGAUCUCGUCCUCAUCGAAGAAAUAUGAACGCGAGAAGACAAUAAGGAAAAAUGUUCAAAUUUGUGCUGGUGUUUUUCAGACAGACAGAUGCAACGGAUACGAGAGAAGACGAGAUGGCCGAGGCGGCACCGAGAACGACGUUAUUGUCCUUCCUCGAAUCAACGAACCAUCCUCGUGAUCCUUCGACGAGAUCGUGAACUCCCGCGACUUUUUCCUAUUCAAAUAUUUCAAAAGAAAGAUAUCGUCGUAAGGAUGUAGGCAGGCUCGAGUUCAGGCCCUGUCGUGGCCGAGUUUCCUUACGCGAUUCUUCCUAUAUAUAUAUAUAUAUAUAUAUAUGUAUGUAUAUACAUAUAUAUAUACAUACAUAUAUAUAUAUAUUUUACUAUGAUGUAAGUAUAUACAUACACGUUCCGAACGUACGAAAAAAGGAUCGUAAGGUCGGAAAGUGGAAAGAUCGUCGAGCGUGUCAAAGCCGCUCCCACAAAAAUCUCUCGAGAAUAUAGGCACGAUCCUUCUACUCGAUCGUCCUACUUUUUUCUCUCCCUCUCCCUCUUCUCAAAGCAUCCGUGCAUCUCGGUGCAUCCCAGUGCAUCUCGGUGUCCUAGUGCUCGUCAGAUUGUCGAAGGAGGAUAAAAAGAAGAGUGGUGAGCGUUCGUAAAAGAAGUGGCCGGUCUCGACGUUUAAUAAGCGGGGAAAAAGAGAGAAAAGCAAAGAAGGAGGUCUUCCGAUCAACGAGAUAUGAAAAUGUGUGCGAAAAUAAUCAAAUGCACGACACGUGACAACGUCAUUCUUCUUGGUGACGGCAUGAUAUCUCGAAGCCGAUGACACGGUCGUCGGAGCGUCGUGAUAAGUGUUAGUGGCUUAACGUGUAUGUCGUGCAGCGUAUACAUAGGAUGUUGUUCCUGGAAGUUGUCCAAUAGUCCACGAGGAGAAAGAUAGCAACAGCGAAAAUGGUGGAUCUAGAGGGUUACAUCAUUAUGCUGGCGAAUAAGAACGGGGAGAUGAAGUUGUAUGGUUCUCGUGCGGAUAACGCGGACAGUUUGGAAUUCGACGACGAAAUUCUCCAAGUGAACGGCCGUACUCUGCAAAAUGCAACCUACGCGGAAGUCAUUCAGUACAUACACCAGUGCAUCAAAUCACGCACGAUUUCUCUCCGAUUACGCAGGAGGAAGGAGAGCCGGAUCGAGCUGGAUGGACCAAAUGCUGUACGGAUACGAGACGGUUGGGUUAUCGCUGUCGAAAGAGGCGUAAGAGAAAGGUUGAAAGAGCUCGCUGCCCUGAGGAGCAUCCAGUUACGGGAUAUCGAAGCCAUAUUAGAUCAUCAGAUAAACGAGACCGGUGCAUCCACGAGCGAGGAGAGCACGAGAAAAGAUGUAACGAGUAAUCAGGUCACCGUGACCCUUGCGGAUGAGGAUGUACGUAAUACGAACGCCUUCUUCACGAAACUCAGUAACGGUACGAUUCCUAAAGGAUUGACCAAGGACGGUCAGGAUACGCGAGAAGGAAAAACUUUACAGGAACGAAAGGACGUUUUGGAAAAGCAACAAACCUCAUCGGAUGAAACGAAUCUUUUGCAACCAGUGCAGACCAGCAACAAGGUAGGGGAACGCCGUGCUAGCAGUCCCUUCCAAAAUGGCCGGACAGAGGUCCUGAUUGGAGAACCGGAGGGCGGCCCGAGGUCGCCGCGAGGAUCGACGUCUUCAGCGGUGAACGACGGCAAUUUUCUUAAUCCACCGGACGAACGCGAAGCAAUUUACAGGUCCCGUCGACGUAGCGGCAGUGGCGCAUCGGACAUACACCAACAGCAGCAGCAACAGCAGCAACAACAGCAGCAGACGCAGCUGCAAGAGAACAACAACGGGAGUUCACGGGAUACAGGAAAGAAAUUGCAGGAGGGAUUGGGUCCCGAUGAGAUGUGGGCUCCUGGUGCCCUAGGCCAUCACCGGGAGCUACCAGUCGAUGUGCCCGACACCUUAUUACAGAAGGCCUAUCCCAAUAAGGUAAAGAAUUGCUCGCCCGACUAUCGGAAUGAGCUUCGUCGUCCCCGUAGCGCUAGCGACUUAGACCUCUCCCUAAACGUUAAGAACGAUAUUUUAAAAAAACGCACGACGGACGAUCGCGUGAAGCUUGGGCUAACAGCCGAUCGGACUGACGUCACCGAUGGCCCACGCUCGAUUCUCCUCAACGGUGGCGGCAAGCCGUCGAUACUCGAGAUCGAGCUAAAGAUCGGCUCGAAGGGGGAGGAGGAAGAGGAGGAGAAGGAGAAGGAGAAGGAUAAAGAGGAACUGAAAGAGUUUCAGAAGGAGAAACCGAAGAUGGAGAAGACAAACGGUAGUAUACUGAAAGCUAUCGAGACGAAAGAUCCAAAGAGUCCCUUCAGGGGCGAUCACGCCGAUGACGAAGACGAGGAGGAGGGCUCCGGCGAGGAGGCAAACGGUCAGAAGGAAUCGAGUGUGGAUAUCGAGGAUGAGUAUCCUUUCGCUAAGGAAGACUAUCCGACGAUGUUGAAAACCUGUAGCGACGAUUCGGCAAGUCCACGCAGUUCCUCGAGCCGAUCGGAUAGUACCGCACCAUUAGAUACUAGUCUGGUGCUAAGGCAUAGCACCGACGAGAAGAAAAAGAAGAGUAAGAAGGUUAAAGCUCGUGACAAAGAUUCACCGAGCUACGACGCUAGGCGAAUCGAUCUCGGCUCACCUUGUCGACCCGUCGUCACCGAGCUACCGAUUAAGGUGACGCCUCUAUUCGCUCGUGCACGCGAUGCAACCUCCUUCGACAAUCCGGCCUACGGCUUGCCGGAUUUCCAAGACAUUCAGAGUCUCCUGAUUAGAUCGGACGAGGUGUCGGAUCUCACAAGACUCAUCGAUGAGCAAUGUCCAGUACCAAGAAUGCCAGCUAGUCUUCAGGAUCGAACGCAACCGGAUCCUCAGAGUCCUCAGAUCGAAUCCUCAAUGGUGAUCCUUGGUAAUACAACAUCGAGAAAGAGUUCGAAACACCAACAAAAGGAGAAAUUCGCGAUAAAAACGAAGAGUCAGGAUCAAAACGAGGAACGAGUAAGUGCGAGCUCGACCGACGAUCUCCUUGGAAUAGAAUCUACCAAUUGUAUCGAGUCCUCCUCCGCUCGACAAAGAUCCAAGAAAAAACGUCAUCAACAGAUAUCGAGCGGUUACUCGACAUUGAGAAGCGAGGUCUCGAGCGAUCUCGAAUUCACCGAUCGCAGCUUUCUUGUUGUCAGUGGGAAAGCUUAUCGCGAGGUUGCCGUUGAUUGUCCACCUGACUUCAUACCGGUCACCAAGUGCCAUCCGAUUUAUCCUCCGCCAAACAAAACGCCCGGUAACAGCAAGCACAACACUCUCGAACUGAAACGUGAUAGAAACGGAGAGAACGUUGUCAGAGAGACGACAACGACGACAACGACGACAAGUACGAUGACAACCUUGAACACGAUGACCACAGCGAACAACAUAGUGAAUUUAGAUUCCCCUAGACUUCGCUCGAACGAUAUAAAUCUCUCAAUGCCGAACAAAGCACCGAUCGUGUCGUCACCUCCCACGCUAGCCACCGAUGCUAGCGCUAGGGAAAACGUAGUCGCGCGUACGAUAGACCGAAAGCACGAGUCCAAGAAGGUAAGGUCUAAAGUAAAGAGCUUCCUUAUCGAAAGCUUCUCCUCUAUCAUGCACCAAGAUAAGCCUCGCCGGCACAAUAGUAAAAAGCUUCACCUAGACGCUUCCAGCACGAAUCUAGAGCUUCGCUCUUACGAUUUCUCUCUUUCUAACCAGACAUCUCGCCUCAGUGAGAGAUCCUUUAAACGGUCUUCCUCGAUUCACGAUCUAUUUGCUCCCGAACUCAAGAAGGAUUUCCGUUUAUCCUGCAUCGCUACCUUAUCCACCGAUCACGACAAUCGUGAACGCAUUGACGAAUGUAAAGUCGUUUUUCUCGACGAUGACAGAGAGAGAGAGACUCUCUCCUUCGAGACCAAUCAGAACUCACGAAAUUCCAAACGCGAGCAUUCCUCCGUUAAAGACGUUACGAUGAUCAUGGAUCUUCUCGAGGAUCGCGCUAAAUCUUUCUUAGACGUAUCUCCGGACACGCAGAAUGAGAAGAACGCGAGAUUGUCGCUCGAAUAUGAAAAGCGAUUGAGAUCGCAGAGCGUUUUGGAUGUAACCAACUCAAAAACUAUGCUCGUCAAACCGAUCGCGAGAACGAAUUCCAUUGAAUCCAAAUUUAUUACAAUCGAUCGUUCGCCAUUCUUGACGAAUACUCUUCUGAAAGAUACUUUUUCGUCCGCUUCUUCUCUUCCUUCUCCUCGUCCUUUUUCUUUUGCUUCUUUCUCCUCUCGCAAUCCUGACGGACGAACAACACCAGACUCAACGAGACUCACGUCGAAGAACAGUGCGUACAACACGCUAUACGCUUACCAGGACCACGACGAUCUUUGCGUACUCCAGGCCGGUCUUAAUGGGGUCAAACCUGCCAUCCCGCCCAGAGAUCAAAAAAGAGCACCCGCUAGACCACCGAAGGAUAGCCUCAGACUUUCGAGCCAGAAUAACAACGUCGAGAGCAAUGAUUAUGCUAAUACUACGGAACCUACGCAGCAGCAGCUUCAUUCCAUUAGGAAAUAUCAGGAACAACUACGGAAACGCAAGGACGAGGAAGAGAGACAAGAAAUUUUGAAUCGAUCGCUUCGUGGCUCAACGAAGCUUCAAGCUUUAGAAAGUCAUGCUACGAAUCUUACGGGCCAGGAGAAUCUUGCGUAUGCUCAAGACGAGUUGACCACCACUGUUAGUCGUCCUGCUCAUGUCGCACCUCAAGCGCCCUUAACAUACGGAGAGGUCGUUGCCACGUUGGAGAGAUUGCAGCUUCAGUUACGAAACAUCUCCGGCGCUCUCGGCAUUUCGGGUCCAAGUGUGGAAGCCGAACUUGAGGCAGUUCGGACGCUUUUAUUGCAAAGCCGAUUUGCAACUGCCGUAGCUACGCAUUAUGCUUUGAAAACGCGGUUAAGGUCGAACAAGGUUCUUAGACAUCAUGCCGAAGACUCAUCGACAUUAGCUCGGGACUGCGUAGACGUAUUAGAAAAAUGGCAAUCAUCAACGGAUGCUGGUACGGCGGAAACGAUGGCUGCCGUGGAGGAGCUGACGGGUAUUCUUACGAGUUACGACAUGGAGGCAUUACUUAUAGCACACGAUUCUGUAAUUUCGUAUGUGGAGGGCUUCCAAAGAAAGCACAGUCCUUCGUCCUCGUCACCGAGUCGUCCACCAAGUCCUACAUCGAGUUGGAGAGAGUCGCGUGUAGAUAACAUCAAAAUUAUUAGGAUCGAGAAAACUAACGAACCUUUAGGUGCUACUGUUCGAAACGAUGGUGAUGCAGUCAUUAUCGGUCGUGUCGUUCGAGGUGGUGCAGCAGACAAGUCCGGACUCCUGCACGAAGGGGAUGAAGUUCUGGAAGUUAAUGGAGUUGAAAUGCGUGGAAAAAGUGUUAACGAUGUUUGUGACAUUUUAGCUGGCAUGCAGGGUAGUCUUACGUUCUUAGUAUUACCAGCACCAACGAAUUACCGAAAUAAUUUGAAUAAUAGGAAAGAGGACACUAAUCAGAUACAGCAUAUACGUGCACACUUUGAUUAUGAUCCUGAGGAGGAUCCAUAUAUACCAUGUAGAGAACUCGGAGUUAGUUUCCAAAAAGGUGACGUAUUGCAUGUGAUUUCUCAAGAGGAUCCAAAUUGGUGGCAAGCUUAUAGAGAAGGUGAAGAGGAUCAAACUUUAGCCGGUCUUAUACCCAGUAAAGCCUUUCAGCAUCAACGAGAAUCCAUGAAGCAAACGAUAGCUGGUGGAAAGUCGACGGUACGAGGUUCGAAGAAAUCUAGUACACUACUGUGUGCGAGGAAAAAUCCAAAGAAAAAAAAACGAAACAAACUUGGUGCCAAUUUCAACGACGACGGUUAUCCUCUUUACGCGACGACUACGAUAGACGAUUACGACAGCGAGGAGGUGCUAACGUACGAAGAAGUAGCUCUGUAUUAUCCAAGAGCGAAUCAUAAGAGGCCUAUCGUUCUUAUUGGUCCUCCUAACAUCGGUAGACACGAGCUAAGACAAAGAUUAAUGCAAGACAGCGAACGUUUUGCAGCUGCUAUUCCUCAUACAAGUCGUCCAAGGAAGGACUCCGAAGUUGACGGUCAGGAUUACCACUUCAUCUCUCGCUCCCAAUUCGAAUCCGACAUUCUCUGUCGGAAGUUCGUUGAACACGGCGAGUACGAGAAAGCGUAUUACGGUACUUCCGUCGAGGCUAUAAGAUCGGUUGUGAAUUCUGGGAAGAUCUGCGUCUUGAACCUACAUCCUCAAAGCUUGAAGAUCCUACGGAGUUCGGAUUUAAAACCAUACGUGGUCUUUGUAGCACCUCCUAGUCUCGAGAAGUUACGACAAAAACGUAUUAAAAGUAACGAGAGCUUUAAGGAAGAAGAAUUGAAGGACAUAAUAGAGAAGGCUCGAGAGAUGGAGGACAAGUACGGUCAUCUAUUCGACAUGAUCAUCAUUAAUAACGAUACGGAUCGUGCUUAUAAUCAACUUCUUACGGAGAUCAAUUCAUUAGAAAGGGAACCACAAUGGGUACCUGCGUCUUGGAUUCAGUAAUGGUAUACUGAAUGGACGACGAAUGUGUCUUAGAUAUCAAUGCCAUCGCGAGUUUAAUGGCACGUUACUAAAUACCGAUUAAGAAACAGAUUAUAAUAUAAAUGAAUCGAUUCUUUCGUAAGUACUUACUCGUUACUGGUCUUGCGUGGUAAACUUGUACCUUGUUAAACGAUCGCAAGUACUACGAUCAGGAUGCCAAUUGACGAUCAUUUAAAAAUUGAAAUCUUGUAGUUCCUGAUGGCCGAGGUUCGCACAUCUUCGUAAGCGAGUCUCCAUGAUGUCGAAACAACAUUGAUCGAUCUGAAUCGGUUCGACUCGGACGAUAAGAUUUUUGAAAGAACAAUGCGAUGCCAAUUUCUCAUGUUAGAAUUAUAAAUGCAGAAAAUCUUGUCGAUCCCGGGAUAACCGUAAUUAUGUAGAAUUAAUUCGUUUAAAACGAGGGAAAAAAAAAGAAAUCGAGUUGACGCGUGAAACGCAUUCGCAAAAAGUUUUAUAUUUCGAUCGUCUAUUUGGACCUUCGUAUUGCAAUACAAUAUAUAUUUAUCCAAUCACUUUUCGAUUUACUAUAACGAAAUCGACGUGUAUUAUAUUAUAUUUCAAAUCACGUUCUCAUUUUUUCCUCCUCCAUUAACUUAUCGCGAGAUCAUUAACGAUGAUUUGUUACGUGUUGUCUCAUUUAGAAAACAAAUCUCUAUUGAAAUUCUUAUUUUACAUUGCGACGAAAGAAUUGUAUCUCCCGACUUAUAAAUAUAAUAGGGAUGUCGACUGAUGAUCGUACUCGCGAAUAAGUCGUUUUAAUGCGACAGUUUGGACGUACAUAAAACUUUUAAUAGAACUCUGUUUAGAUAAAUUCAUCACUUGUCUACUAGUUCGUUUAUGGAGAAAGAGAACUAUUACUUUAAAAAGUCCUUAGAGAACUGUUGGAUGUAUAAAGAAAAAAAAAAUAGGACGUAGAAUGGAAAAGUGAAGAAGAAUGGAAAAGUUAAGAAUGCGUUUAGUAAAAAGAUAAGAAAAUAGUAAUUCUCCGUAUUUAAAAUGCGAAUAAAAUGCAGCUCGGUGUUCGACUUAAAAUGGUGCUUCAAAGUUGACAUGGUUCCUUGUGAUUAGGUCAUCGAUAUAUUUUCUUGUGCUUCUUAGAUAUUUUAAAUACGCGUAGUCCGUUAAAAGUGAACGAUGAUAAAACGAUGAUAUAGUUUAGACGGGGAAGUUACUCAUUUUACCGUCCUGCGUAAACAGUGUAUAAACUCAAUGAAUAUUCGAAUAGAUACGAGCGAUUAGUUACGAUCGACACUGUUACAUUAAUAACGACUAAUUCUUAAGUAUGAUCAUAGAGUUCUUAGAGACAAGAUCGUUAGAGAGACUUCCGUUACGUCUUCGAUGAUUUACUUUUGUAAAAAUUCGUGCCGUCGGAUCGAUAUUAUUAGACAAGAAGUAUUUUAUAAAAAUAGUAUCUUUUUUAUAAAUAUAAUUUUAAAGAGUUUCAGCAUAUCACACGCAAGAAAUUCAUACGAAUCAUAAUACUCGUGAAAUCCGUGACUCCUUUAUUCUUGGCAUAGCUAUUGACUUUUAUCGCACGUCUCUAAUAACAAUAGUUAUAAAAAGGUAAAUUCUCUCUGUGCACGAAUAAAUCGUUACGAACAUCGUAGGAGUCGCUAAAAUUAACGUCGAAAAAAAUCUUUUUAAUACUCUUUUUCUAAAAGUACGCCAGAAUGUUACAUCGUGCCAACGUCUUUGCACUUCUAUCAUAGUUUCGAUCGUCGUAUUACCCUAACUUCGAACUCCCUUUCAAAAAUUCCUAACUUACGAUAUGGUCGAUGUAAAGUCGAGCAGUAAAUUAAAAAAAGAAAAAGAAUGGCGCUCAUAGUGUUAUCGAUGUGCCCCACAUACCCCAGAUUCCGUCUCGCGUGUAUUCACGUACUGAUUAUUAAAAAUUAGGAUUACGAAUACUGCUCCGAAAGUGCGUUUACAAGCUGAUUUUUUCCAACCAAAAGAUCGUUAUGAUCUUCCCAUUAAAUUCCUAAGCAAACUCCGAGUAUAUCUUUCAUUGUUUAUUUCCAUAGUUACGAUAUAAAAACAAUUAGACUGAAUCUAUCUUGUAAACUCACUUUUCGAAUCAGUUUCAUAAUAGCGAUAUUAAGGAGCGAAGAAAGUUUAUCAAAAAGAAGAAAAAUUAAAAGUAAGAAAUAAAGUGAAAGAAAAAGAAAAAAAAAGAAAUAAGUCAGAUCACUCUGGUCGGUCUAACAAAAAAAUAUGGGCGAAAUUUCGCAUGGAUCAAGUAGAGCAGAUUAAACGUUCAUUAGAUCGGUGGUGUUAAGAUUAAUUGUCGAGAACAGAAUAGAUAUAUAAGAUAAAAAAACAUAAAUGUCGAUGUCGAAGCAUUGUAAAACUAGACACAUUAUUAGAGAACUAUUACAUCGUGAUAACGUUAUAAAAAAUAUCUAUAGCCAAGGAUACCUACGGAGAGGACAAAAAAUAUAUAAAAUAUUAAGCUAACUCGUCCCAUGGGACGAACUAAGUAAGGAAGAGGGGACAAUAUUCUGCCAAGUUUAUUAAAAGAGAGAAAUAAUACGCGGACGAUAUCUGAGAUGUGCCAAAAUACUUUUGGGUAAAUAUUUAGUGGAGGAUUUAAAUAAACAAAAGGAAAAUAGAAAGAAAGAGAGAGAGAAGAAAAAGAAAACUUGUUUUAAAAUGCGCUCAAAAGGCACCUUUAGAACGUAUACAUACACACACACACACACACACAUAUAAAUUAUAUAUAUAUACAUAAUAUUAAUUAUGUAAAUAUUUGUGUACUUGUAUAGAGAUGAAGAAGAUGAAAAAAAGAAAAUAUCGUCAUCAUCGCCAUCUUUCAUCAUCAUUGUCAUUAUUAUUACUACUUCUACCACUACUAUUAACUACUUAAUACUAUCAUUAUAUAUAUGUGUAUGUAUAUAUAUAUAUAUAUAUAUAUAUAUAUAUAUAUAUAUACACUACUGCUCCUCUAUUAUUGGCUACUACUGUUACCACUAUUGCUAUUACUCUCUCGAUAUAAACGAGUACUUAAAUGUUAUCCUUAUUACACGUUUUUGUUAUUACGAUAUGAAUUAUUAAUUUUAUCAUUAAUAUUAUUAUUAUUAUUAUUAUUACUAUUAUUAUUAUUAUACACUCAUUUAUUAUUGUUUUUAUUAUCGUCGAUACAUUUAUAAUAUGUCUAUCGUGAAUCUUAACUGACUAUACGCGUGCCACAUAAAAGCGUUUGGACGGCAAUAGAAUAUUUAAGCAGUUACGUCAAAUUUAAUUGAAUUUUUUUGUAAGCGUUGCCAUUAUGUCGGUUUUAUUUUCAUCGACGAUUUUUUUUUACUAAGAAAGAAAAUAUCUUCGUUUGACAUAGAAGUAAAAAAUGAACUAUUUCGAAUGCACGAGUUGUAUCAUAAGUGUAAAAUGAGUUUUGCAAUACAUUAUAUAUAUAUAUAUAUAUAUAUAUAUAUAUAUAUAUACAUAUGUAUGUAUAUAUUAUAUCCUUCAGCGAUGAAAGAGCGUGUAUAUUAUGAUUAUCGUUAUUAUUACUAUUAUUAUUUUUAUUAUUAUCAUUAUUAUUAUUAUUAUUAUUAUUAUUAUUAUUAUUAUUAUUAUUAUGAUUAUGAUUAACUCGAGAAAUGUUUAUAAACGAUAAGUAUUAUUAUCAAUGAUAUUAAUUACUUUAUCUAACGUAAUGUGAACAUAACAUGAAGAAAAUAUGAACAUGCAUAUGUGAGUGUGUGACUCGAUGUAUUAGUGCGUUAAUUAUUAUAGCGUACUUAUGCACGGAUGAAUGUAAUAUUAGUGAGUGCAAAUAUAUUUACUUAUUAUCUAUAGAAUGAAAGAACGGCGAAAAGAAGUAAGAACAAUAGAAUAGAUAGACGACUGUUGAAUGUAUAUUUUUAAGCUUUUGGUUGCUAAAAAUAAUAUAUUAUUUACAUUGUUAUAUCAAUCAUCGAUGCUGUUAAUGUCUUCGAUCAGUGGCGAUUCGAUUUCAUUUGAAUCGAUAAACGAUAGAUAAUAAUAUUUCCGUCUGUAAAAGAGAAAUGAGAAAUUGUAGAACUUUUUAUUCUUUAUGCAACAAUUUAUAUUCUUCGUUCGAUAAAUUAUUUCGUCGAAUCGAAAUAUUUUUCGAAAUCUGACUUAGGAAAUUUGUUUCAAGAACAUUAUAAGAUAUUAAUCGUAUUCUUUUUCAUAGCAACGCACUCCCCUUUUUUGACCGAACUAAUAAUAAUAAUAAUAAUGAUAAUAAUAAAAUUAAUAAUAAUAAUAAUAAUAAUAAUAAUAACAAUAAUAGUAAUAAUAACAAUAAUAAUAAUAAUAAUAAUAAUAAUAAUCGAAGAAAUAAUAAAUUAAAUUAAUUAGAGACCUUCGACCGUCUUCCGUGUGUCCGUAAAAGAAUUUCGUUUCUUUUUUACGUAGGAAAUCGACGAAGCACGAUAAAUGAUUAGAUAGUUAGAACAAAUAAAAAUGUGCAUUCUCAAUGUCGUCGUUCUUUAUCUCGGUGAUAUUUAUAUCCGUUUACGUACAUAUAUGCAUACAUAUUAUACGUAUAAAUACAAAUGAAAAGAAUAAGAACGGUUUUAUGUAGUAUUACACGACUAGCAAUACACCGAAUAUAUAUAUAUAUAUAUAUUAUAUUACAUAUAUUUAUAUGUAUAAUAUAUAUAAUAUAUAUAUAUAUAGAGAGAGAGAGAGAGAAAGAAAUAAGAGAAGAAAGAAAAAUUAAAAGUUUGCAGAAAAAGAAAAAGGUAUAUAUACACGUAAACGAAAUAUUCUAAACUACAGUUCUUCCGAUAUAGAUGUAUCGGUAUAAUAUGUAAAUACGUAUUUCGAGCUGUACGAAUUCGUCAUUAAUGAGAACGAAUAUGGAUCUCGUUAACGGACUUCGCAGUAAGUUAUUAUAAUUAAAUAUACUGGAAGAAGCUGCCCAGAGUUCAUCAUUUUUAUUGCAAGAUCCGAUAAACAUAUUUUGACAUAUUUCAAUAUUUGAGGCGUUAAAUAUCUUGUGGAUUUGAAGAACAAUAGAAAUGUUUUCUGUGAAUAAGCAGACGGCCAUUGCUUAUUUAUCCGAAUUCUUAAAAAGCAUUUAAGGAGACUCAUGAUGAUAUAUAUAGCAAAACUCAAGUCCAGAAGAUAUCAAAGAACGUCUUUAAAAUUUUUUCAUUCAUUAUUUCGAGAAUGUUAAUAAUAAAAAUAAAAAUAAAAAUAAAAAAAAAACAAAAAAUUGAGUAAGUAAAAUUUUUCAUAAUAAAAUACUUGUAACUAACAUCACUUUUCCGCGAAAUCCGUUAAUGCGAUUCUUCCUAUGUAUUGUAAUCGACGUGUACACAAAUAUAUACAUAUGUAUAUGUGUAUGUAUACAGUGCGUGUAAUAUGUACAUAUAAAAAUUUAGAGAACUUCCAAUUUUAAACGAACAAUUGAAAUUUACGUAUGAAUAACUUCACUUUGAUAAGGACUUAACAAAUUCGUGAGAAGAAGUCCAAAAAUACGAAGAAAAAAAAUAAAACGAAGAAGAUGCAAAAAAAAAAAACGUUAAUAUAAAUAUCUUCGCGUUAAUCUAAGUCGAUAUAUAAUUAAUUCGCGCGAGAUAAAGAGAGAAAAAGAGAAAGAGAGAGAGAGAGAGAGAGAGAGAGAGAGAGAGAGAGAGAGAGAACAACAUAAUAACGUCGAUGAUCUCGCGAUGAUCUAGACCGAUUGUUUUUUGAAAAUUUAUUAUGUAAAUAGUAAGGAGAUUUCCACCCGUGCGUGUUGAGCGUUGCGAUUUAAGGGGUUCAAUGAGGAUUUAUCUCGAUUUAGCGAUUGAAAGAUUGCUGAUACUUCAUCCCCCAUUCAGUCUACGUUCUGUUACAUAUUGCGUUAAAUAAAAAAUUACUGUAAUAUUUUGAA